UUUCAUUUGUGCAUUUAGUACAACUGAUGACGUUGAAAUAAGUAGCGUUGCGUGUGGCAUGAGCCCAAAUCGCUGAUAAAGCUAACUGAAAUAAAUAAUAAAUGUAAAUUAUAAUAUCACAAAGGGCUUAUAUUUACAUUAGUAUAACUGAAGCGUACCGCUAAAUAGGCCAGAAUGUUUACAUGCUAGCUAGGUGAUAAAAUACAUUUAUAGAGGAUCACCUCAACCUCAACCAGCAGUUUUUGGAUAUGUAAUGGUCGAUGGAUAUGCGAUGGUAAUAUCAGAGUCGAAGACAUUCAUACGGACGGACAGGCGAACGGACAGGCGAACGGACAGCCGAACGGACAGACGAACGGACAGCCGAACGGACAGCCGAACGGACAGGCGAACGGACAGCCGAACGGACAGCCGAACGGACAGGCGAACGGACAGGCGAACGGACAGCCGAACGGACAGGCGAACGGACAGGCGAACGGACAGCCGAACGGACAGGCGAACGGACAGCCGAACGGACAGACAUGGCUAUAUCGGCUCGGCUAGUGAUCCUAUUUCCAACCAUGAUGGAAAGAAGUUCUUCGUGACACACAAUUUUCAACGACUCUAGUAACUGGUAUAAAAAUAAUUAUAGCUAAACCUCCAGCUAAAAUGCUUAAAAAUUUCAUAAAAUUGUAAAUGGAACUUAACUCAAAGCGCAGAAUUCUGAAGUCAGUUAAAGCCGCGCCAAUCCGGUCCGCAACGAUCCAAAGAUGUCCGAUCGGUUCAACAUCAAAGAAGUCUUCAACAGCCAGACCAUGCGUGGUCGCGCCAAUGUAGCCAAGGCCACCUGGGCGUCGUUGGGACUCGUCUACGUCCUGGUCAAGAUGCAUCGCCGCACCUCGAAGCGGCGCGAGACGAAGCUCUACUGCAAGGGCUGCCAGCAGGCCAUGCCCCAAGGCUAGGGCGCCGAUGCUGCGGGACAUGGGUCCCCACCCCUCCGACCCGUUCGACCCCUCAGCAAUCCAUAACUAGCUUAAUCAGCACCCCCUUUCCGGUUCCCGAUGGGACCAAACUCAUGUACCUAAUCGAGUCAAUAAAAUCGAAUCCUGCCAACGAA